ACUACAAAUACGCUACGUAGACAUUGGCAGAAGAGGGAGCUGGGUUUCUCAGCCGGACGAGUCCGCGCUUCCGGAGAGCGGGAGUUAAUGUCACGCCGAAACGCCGAACUGCACUAAGGGGGCGCAAUCAGCGUAUUACCACUGAACCGGGGCUCUGCUGGGUGCGCUUUGGCUAUUAUGCGACAGGCAUCCUCCUCCACCAAGAUGCCCUCCUCCAUCCAGGCCUCUUCGAUGCCCAGUCCUCCUCCACCUCAAGGUGCCCUUCAUCAAAGCGCUCUCACACCAAGACGUUCUCCUCCAAGGCAACCUACACUACCCAGUCACUGUCCUCCUCUAAGACCUCCCCCCACCAGCUUACUCCUCUCAGGCACCCACCUUCAGAUCUUCACCCAGCAAGGAGCCUUUGCCUCAGUGAAGCUGAAGGAGUCCACAGCCCUUUCUUGUAUAUGUAAACAGAUAGUAAUGCAUAGUCUCAUCACUGUACAAUGUAGUAAUGUGCAGUGUGUACUCAACUACACAUACAUAACUAUUUGCAUAAACAUGUGUAUAAGUAUAGCAAUGUUUUGAUAUGUCCCAGGUUGAGCUGGAGGGUUGGUUGCGUAUAUAAUCUCUGUGACAUCCACACAGCUGACCUCUCCAGGCUGAAGAAUGACGCAGAGAGGGGGCUCUUCACCUCGGCCCAAAUAUACGGGGACAGCAAGGGCACAUUCAGGAGGUGCUGGGUCAUGAAAUCAGACAGGAUGAGGUUUUACCCCCCAGCACCCCCAGGAUAUGUUAUUGCUGUGCCAACACCCGACCUGGGUGUGUAUUGGACUCCUCCAGUAAAGUAUGUAGCACUAAUGAAGUACAUAUCCAUACAUCAAAGGCUAACAAAAUAGCUAACAGAUACAGAAACUUCUAAGUUAACACAAGGUGCUAAUUCAUACUUGUUUUUCAUCACAUCGUGCACAGCAGUAAUUGGUCUCUAAAGGUUACAAGGUCGGUCUCUACACAGUUUACAUCAACUUCUUAAUAGAGUCCUAAUGAUCACAUGCUCUGUGCAUUAUGAAGUGCUAAAUAAUAUUCCAUAAUAUGUGUAACAGGUGCAUGUAACCACCUGCUCACCGAACUGUAGGCCUUCCGGAUAAGCUCACUCUGGUCACUGCUGAAAUUCUCUGGCCUGUCCUUCUGGCUUGAGUGCUGUCGGUAGGGCUCCCACAUCUCCUGAAAGCUAUGGUCUUCAAAGCCUUUCUCACCAUAUAUACAUUGAUCAAUGUUUGCCUCCAAGACAAUUGACACUUGCGGGAAGCUCUCUGCAUACUCCGCCAAACAGUCUUUAAUCCAGUGGUUCUAUAUUGCAGCUGUUCUACGAGGGUUUUCCGUCUCCUCUUCGUGCUUGUCAAUGACACUGCAAUUACAAGCAACAUGUUAUGAUUAUUAGCAAACCUCUGUAAAAGAUCAGCAUGAAAUAAACCAACAUCCAUAAUCUUAGUAUAAAUAUAUAUAGAACAAAACUGCUUUAAGCAGCUAAAUAAAAUGCCACUUAAGUGUAAAUGAAUAUAAAGAUGAAUACCGUUUCAUAGAAUAUACUUACUACUUCAUUAGCCCAAGGUACGUGAAUGGGUAUAAGCAGAUGGGAAUUUUGAAACUAGUAACCUAUAGCAGAAGAGGAUCUAUAUUAUUUCUACUGUUAACUUCACCAUCUUGGUGGCUACUUUCUUUAAUGUGCAGCAUACAGAACAUUUUCCCAUCUGUUUGAGACAUUUGGAUGCCUGAUAAUGACUUGAAUUAAGACGUUUUGAAUGAUCAUAUCUUCUUAGGAACUUUAAUUAGUGAAGAAUCGGGCAACGAGGAAGCCCCACCACGUGCUACUCAGCAAGUAUAUUUAACAGUAUAUGCUCUGUACAGUUAAAAAAUGUGUAAACUAAUGUAUAACGUUUUGAUAUCUUUAUGUGUCCAGACACUAAACAUGGUAAAAAAUCUGCAGUUUUAGAGAAUCAGUAGCAGUGAUGCUGGAGAGGCUACGCAUUCUUCAGUUUCAUCCAAACCACAUGGUACUUAACCACUAAUUUUACUUUAAAAAUAAUAAAGAAAGCAUAUACAAAUUUUUAUUGUUCUCCUCGGUCAUUCAUUCAGUUAUUUAUUUGCUGAGAAUUUUUGAGAAUUAUGGUGUUCCCUGAACCUCGUUUGCAUCAUUCGUGUUGUUUGGUUCAUUUGGCGAAGAGCAGCCGGACGAGUCCGCGCUUCCGGAGAGCGGGAGUUAAUGUCAAGCCGAACUGCACUAAGGGGCCGCAAUCAGCGUAUUACCACUGAACCGGGGCUCUGCUGGGUGCGCUUUGGCUAUUAUGCGACAGAUGGCAGCAUCAGCAAUCCGGGUUGUGAACCCCAGCGCUGUGGCAAGUCGCCAACAGGCCGUGCUUGUGACGACUAAAGAAGCCCGUAUGUACAAAGAGAAGAAGAUGACCUUCCCCAGACCCCCCAGUGAGCUGCUGCACCAGUCCACUGCCCUCCACCAUGCUGAAAAAGUCCUCUGUGCUGGAGGGAUUUCAGCACUGUCCGGUCAGCAGUGCCUCGGGAAGUUGGUCAUGCCAUUUGGCCAGUAUGAACAUGCACCGUUCUGCUGGCUUGUGGCAAAUGAUGUGGGCUACAUGGAAUAUGUCAUUGACAAGCACAGAGAGGAGGCGGCAAACCCUUGUAGGACAGCCGCAAUAUAGAGCAACUGGAUUAAAGACUGUCUGGCGGAGUAUGCAGAAAGCUUCCCGCAAGUGUCAAUUUUCUUGGAGGCAAACAUCGACCAGUGUGUAUAUGGUCAAAAAGGGCUUGAAGACCAUAGCUUUCAAGAGAUUUGGGAGCUCUAGUGACGGCACUCAAGGCAGAAGGCCACAGUGUUUCAGCGGUGACAAGGGGGAGCUUACCAGGAAGGCCUACAGUUCAGUGAGCAGAUGGCGCACAUAACAAGUGACAAUGAAGAGAUUUUGGAAAUGCGUCUACUAAACUUACUAUAUGAUGAAAUAAAACACAGCUUUUUUCUAAUUUUUGUUCAAUGAUUUUCACAUAGAUUAUUUUAUCAUUAAAAUCUUUAUGCUUUAUGUGAACCUGACAUCAUUUGUAGGUGGUGAAGAAGCAGGUCAUGGCUCAGCUAAGUGGUUGCAGUGCAGUGCUGGAAUACAACCGCGUGGACAUGGAGCUUUAGCUCUAAAUAGUUUUUAGAACAUAGUUUAUUAAACCACGUUCAGUGUUUUGUUUAUUGCCUUACCUGUAGUGUUGUGCUGUUAAGAAUUUAUUGUAAAGGUAAAUAACAGCUUUUUUUUUUUACAAAUUGUAAAUACUUUCUUUUUUUCUAAAUGUGGGAUGGUUGCGCGUCUGGACAUCUUUCACUGGAUCCACCGGUUUGAUGCAGAGUCACACUGCAAGUUCGCCACGUUCAAGUCUGCGGUAGCUGGGGCAGUGCUGGCAUACAACCACACGGACUUGAAGCUUUAGACCGGUUAAUGGAGACCAAGAGGCUCGAGUCUGCUGUCCGGCCAAAGCGGUCCGAGGCCACUGUACGGCAGAAGACGCCCGAGUCCACUAGCCAGCUGACCGAGUGCCCGUCCACAGCUCAGAGUCAUGACUAUCCCACAGAAUCACCUCUGACUGACUCUCCUGUGGACCUAGAGGGUUGGGUGUGUCUGUGGGAAAACCCCAACGGCAUCCCAUCAGCUGACAUUUCCUGGCUCAAAGAGGACACCGAAAGAGGGAUGUUCACACCCGUCCAAAUCUACAGAGACCACACUGGACACCUGAAGAGGCGACGGGUGAUGAAAUCAGACCGCAUGUGGUUUUACCCACCAGAGUGUCCUGGCUACGUCAGGGGUUCUCUGCCAAACCCGGACCUCUUCUUUCGCAGCCGCGUCUUUGUGUGGCGUCCUGUUGGAGUGUGGAGAUGCUCCCUGAAGUGUCCCCGAGGUGAAGCGUGUGUGGGAGCAGGACAGAAUGUUCACCUCUACAAGUCUGGCUUUCACCACCGGGUACGUCAAAUCUGCGAUGUGUCCAACUGGUACACAAUGCUGACGGAGGUCCUGUGUUGUGGACCGUGUACGAAGGCGGCCAGGAGGGGAGAUGGUGGCACCAUCGGUCGGUGGCUCGCAUGGGAUCCUGCUAUUUUGUCACAACUUAGCGAGGCUCAUCGAGCUCUGUUUCCUGCCAUUCUUACCGCCAAGCGCGGUGUGGACAGGAAUGUCGUGCGUCUUCUGAGGGACCAGACAGAAGGAAACACCGUGGUCAAGGUGUGGCGGCAGAUAGAGGAGAAUCACGCUGAAGAGUACCUUCGAUGCAUGGACCUCUACACCACGCUCCUUAUGCCUUUAGUGGAACCCGGAGGGAUCGUCUCAGCAUCGAAGCAGACGUUCAAGGCACCACCUCCUCAGAGAGAGAUUCCCUCUGCGCGUCUCUUGCGCCACGCCUUCCUGCUGGCCGAGGCCGACAAUCUGCGCUUCUACCGGAGCCAGAUCCUCUCCACUUUUGGCACUGUGCUGAAAAUGGAUUCCACCAAGAAAGUGGUGAAGAAGCUGUCCGGCGAAGGUCAUGGCUCAGCUGAAUGGUUCACCAGCAUAGGAAACGAGCAUUCUCAAAUAGCUUCCUUUGUUCUUACCUGUGAGAAGUCUACUAAGGAGCUGCAGCCGAUGUGCCACGGUGUCGUGGAAAGGUUUCGGCUGGCAGAUCGACCCGUCCCCAAAAUUCUCUAUGUGGACCGUGGGUGUUGCCGUGCAAAGGGCCCAACAGCGGUGGAAACCUUGUUCCAGCCUUGGGUGGACAAUGGGAUGGUUGUGCGUCUGGACAUCUCUCACUGGAUCCGCCGGUUUGACGCUGCCAUCCGCACAGAGUCUCACUGCAAAUACGCCACGUUCAAAUCUGCGGUGGCUGGGGCAGUGCUGGCGUACAACCGCACGGACUUGGAGCUGCUCAUCAAGGCGGUCAGAGCCAAGGACCCGGCAGCGCUGAAGUCCGUGUCGGACGAGGAUGUAGUGCGGCUCUACAUUCCCAGGGAGCAGCUGAAGCAUCACGUGCGGAGGGUCACACUCGGCGCUCAGGAAACAUUCCAGCUCAUCCAGCUGGCCAUCGAGGAGCUUAAAGGUCCCGCCGGUCUGGACGAGAAUGGAGUGAGCCUCUUCAAAACACCAGAGGCCAUUGAUGAGAUCUGGGCGGAGCAGCAGCGGCAUCUGGAGUGCAUCCAGGAUCCACCAGACAUGAGCAUGUAUAGGGUGGCAUGUAACACAACCAUCAACAAUGUGGAUGUGCCCUAUUACAAAUGUCUGCGUGGGAGCAGCCUGGGAGGAUUCCACAAAGCUCUGCCGCACAUGAUUCCAGGUCCUCACUGCGCGGCGCGGCCCUAUCAGGUUUACCUGCUAAGCGGCAUUGCGCGGUGGAACUCGGACAGGAGCUCGGAUGCCGUGUUUGGUGGCAGAGGACGGCGCCACAGGACCUUCUCUGGGCCGCUGAUCGAUCGCCUCGACGCCCGCUGUCAGCAGCUGUUCGGAGAGACUGUGGCAGAGAAUUUCCGGACCCCUGCUGAUGUCCCUUCCGACGAGCUGCUUGGGUUAGAGUACCAGUUCAGCCAGCGCACAGGUGAAUCUGGGACCCUUUUCCUUAGCGGCAUUGUCGACGAUGGACCUGGUCCGGAGGAGGAGGAGGUGGUUCAGCCCGGGCAGCCCGAUCCAGACGAGGCGUGCCAGAGCGAUGGGGAGGCACAGGACGAUGUUCCGGAUGCUCUCCUCUCCCACAUCACACUCACCAGAGACGAAGCUUCCACUGUCUAUCCUCCGGCCUUCGAUGAUGCCUGCAGCCCAAAUCCUCUUCCCGGCUUUCAAGAGCUGGAAAAGUUCUGCUCUGUCUUGGUGGAGAUUGGCUUGGUAGAGGACAAGCUGUCACUUAGCACUGAGCAGAGGAACAGGGUCCUUGAAGCCUGGAAUGUCAUGGAAGAGCAUGACAAGCAUCCACAGCGAUUUAACCAGCUGUACAGAUCACACUGGGGCAACACCCUCUACUGCCGCACGAAAAGAGAUGACCCCUUCGAGGCUGCAGUAGUACAGCGGGUGAAGAUGGCCAAGCGGUACGCUCCAGCCCAACACGACAUCAGCGCGCAGCACAACAGACUGAUGUACACGCUGGUGAAACUGUUGUGGUUGCACUCACCUCAAGGGUCUCGCACCAGCCCUGAGAAGACCUUCAUCGUAAAGGCGUACCAGCGAAUCCAGCACCGGAUUUUGGUGGAGGAUCCAGUCCUCUGCAAGGCUGGCAUUCCUCUGCCAAAGAUUAACACAAAGACCGUGCGGGACUUCAUUCGUCGCCAAGAGAGGCUCCUCAACAUGCGCGCAACAAAACAGCCGUUGACCGUCACAAAGACCACCUCCAUCUCAUCCGUUGACCUACCUCCGGCACCACACCAGCCAGCGGUCCUCCCUGCACCAGACUACCCCCGGAUGGAAUAUGUGCCCACACCCAGCACGGCAGGCACAAAGGUGUUAAAGGGAAGGACAGAUGUGGUGAUGCCACUCUCCCGGCCUCAACCACCACUGUCGGCACCGCUGAGGAAAACCCCGCCCACUUCUACCAUCACCAGGCCCGUGACCUCCCUCUCUGCAUCUGCAGCAGCCCCUGCGAUUGCUGGUCCCUCCACACAGCCCAUGAUGCUCGCCAGUGCAUCAGCCCCUCUGAUUGCUGGCCCCUCCACACAGCCCACAAUGCUUGCGAGUCAGUCAGCUCCUGCGAUUGUUGGUCUGCCCAUCUCAUCCUAUCCAUCUUUGCCCAUGAUGCCCGCUUCUGAAAGCACAUUCUACAGCACUGACAGUCCUUCAGCCUGGGCGAGAGCUACGCUGUAUAAGCGUAAACUGAAGGAAGCCCCCUCAGGUAUUGGAGAGAAAUUAUCACGGGUGCAAAAUCUCCCCGUUUGUACACUCUGCGGCCAACCGACCCAGGGACACAAGAAAUACAAAAAAAAGAGUUUCUGUCCAGUAAAAAUGAUGUCUCCAUCUAAAGGUCUGAGCAGCAGAGUGUAUGAUAGCUACGAACACUUUAUGUCUGUUGUAGAUGACUUUUAGGAAUGAGGUGUAGCUCCUCUUCUCUCCUUGGGGAUCGGCAAAUGUAAAUAGUUGAAUGUAAAAUAGUUGUUUAAACCAUGCUCCGUGUUUUUUUAAUUCCCUUAACUGUAGUGUUGUGGUGUUAUUACUUGGUACAAUGCUGCUAUAAAUCAUCAGUGUAACAUGUAAGAGCAUUAACAACAUUAUAACAUUGCUGCAAUUAUUGAUCUCUGCACUUUGUGAAUUCUCAUCCAUGGUACAAUGCUGCUAUAAAUCAUCAGUUGUAACAUGUGAGAGCAUUGCUGCAAUUAUUGAUCUCUGCACUUUGUGAAUUCUCAUCCAUGGUACAAUGCUGCUAUAAAUCAUCAGUUGUAACAUGUGAGAGCAUUGCUGCAAUUAUUGAUCUCUGCACUUUGUGAAUUCUCAUCCAUGGUACAAUGCUGCUAUAAAUCAUCAGUUGUAACAUGUGAGAGCAUUGCUGCAAUUAUUGAUCUCUGCACUUUGUGAAUUCUCAUCCAUGGUACAAUGCUGCUGUCAUCAAUGUGUU